AUGGUUGAGAGCAGCCCGAUGGGCAAAACUCGCACAAAGCAAAGCUGCAAGCGUUUGGGAAGGCAGCUGUCAGGGAAAGCCACCCUUGGUCACCAAGCAAGUAACACCAAUAGGGCUGGGGUUGACUUAGAGAAACCUCGGGAAGAGCGGUCCGGCGAGCGGCGCCACCGAAGGUACAGUCAUGUUGGGCCUCUUUCAGGUCACCAGCGCAGACACGCCUCGGCCGCUGCGCCUCCCGCCUCCGGGCGGUUCCCCCGCACCUCGGUACCGCCGCAGCCUCCCGCACUGCACGCCGGGAACGGCCUACCUCCACUUCUCAGAGACAUCAACGUCCUAAAAGUCCCGGCCUCCAAGCAGAACUGCAUUUUGGGAUUUGGAGUCCUCAUCUCACGCCUUCACUUCGUCCUUAACACACAGUGCAGCGAACUCGCGGGGGAAUCUGAACGUAAAGCAUCACCCACGGUCGUGAAAUGCAGGCAUCGCUAG